UUUUGAUCAAUUUAGUAUAACGAUAGCCGGUGCUUGAAGUGGAUGUGACCUAGGCACUUGGCAAAGUGGGAAGCAAAAAUGUUGCGGUUCUUUUUUACAGUUUUUGCGAUUAGUAUCAGCAUCUGUAACGGAGCUAACAUUCUCUACAUCGAUGGGAUCCCAUCGCCCAGCCACUUCAUCUGGCAUCGUUCGCUCAUCUAUGGAUUGGCAGCCAAGGGUCACAACGUUACGGCGCUCAGUGUGGACGUCGAAAAAAAUCCUCCGCCCAAUGUGCACUUUAUUCACGUAGAGGGAGUCUACGAAAUGUUGCAUGAGGAUGGACACGAGACCACGGAUUAUUUUGAAAUGAGUAAAUACAGCACCAUCGAGAUGUUGAACAUGUUUAACGAUUACAGCUUGGCAGGCUGUGAAGUGUCGUUAAAAUCUAAGGGUUUGAAGCAACUUUUGGAUUAUCCGGAUGAUUUCAAGUUCGAUGUCGUUAUCGACGAUUUCCUUCAGGGUCCUUGUAUGUCAGCUGUUGCCCGGCACAAGUUCAAGAGACCUCCCUUUAUUGCAGCUACCGGAUUCCAUGGAUUGUCCAUUACGACGAGCUUAACAGGAGCUUAUGUCUAUCCCGGAAUGACUCCCAAUCAUGAGUUCGAUGCCCCCGAAGAGAUGAGCUACGUUCAACGUUUUAAAAACUUCUUCAUCAGUCACUACGAAGAGCUUGCUCGAAGCCAUCAUCUUAUACCCGCAACAGAUAAGAUCGUACGAGAACAGUUUCCAGAGCUUCCCUACGUGGGAGAGUUCGAAAAAGAUACGCAAAUCGUACUGCUCAACUCCAAUCCAGUAAUUCAGUACUCGGAACCGUCCAUGCCAAACCUCAUCUCGGUAGGAGGAAUGCAAAUCAAAUCUCCCAAAGAACUUCCAGCUAACCUCAAAGAAGUGGUCGACAACGCCAAAAACGGGGCAAUCCUAUUCUCUCUCGGUUCAAACGUUCGAAGUGAUCUACUCGGAAAUCGGCGAAUUAUUGCCAUCCUGAAUGCGAUGGCUCAAUUUCCAAAAUACCAGUUCCUCUGGAAGUUCGAAUCCGAUAGUAUGCCAAUAGAGAUCCCCAAAAAUGUCCUGAUCCAAAAGUGGAUGCCCCAGAACGAUCUAUUAGCUCACCCGAAUUUGAAGCUGUUCAUAACCCACAGUGGGCUGUUGAGUACCCAGGAAACGGUUUGGCAUGGAGUUCCGAUCAUUGGAUUUCCGGUGUUUGCCGAUCAGAACCGGAACAUCAACUAUUGCGUUAAGCAGGGUGUCGGAAUUCGUCUUGCGAUUGAGACCGUUACAACUGAUGUUUUGGUGGACGCCAUUCGAAAGGUCACUACGGAUAAGAGCUACCGCGAAAACAUGCAACGACUGUCGAAGCUGUUCCGGGAUCAACCGGAACAUCCGUUGGACCGUGCCAUCUGGUGGGUGGAAUGGGUACUAAGAAACCCGGAUACCCGUAUCCUGCAAUCCAAUGCCAUGAGCCUUAGCUGGUGCGUUAAAUACUCCUUCGAUGUGAUCAUCCCGUUGGUUUUGGUUGUGGUAGCCAUUGCGAAACUGACGAUCCAUUUGGUGACUUCCGUUUUGUGCAAGAAAAGUGAUAACCGGAAGCACAAGCGAGAAUAAGGUGAUAAAAAGGUGGUGCAGUGAUAAAAAAAAUGUACUCAGGUAUUUAAUGAUAGCAAAGGAAUUUGUUUUAAUGAAAGUCUCUGCUUAAAGAGAAAAAAAACACAGAUGUAUAGCUGUAGGUUAUAAAAUAA